AUGGGCAGUCGAUAUGGGAAAAUCACGGGCUUGCCCAUCGGAUAUCGUUUCGUGCCAAAUGAUGAAGAGUUGAUCGAGUGCUAUCUAAUGAAGAAGGUGUCGAACGGACCACUUCCACCCGAUGUUGUUAAAGAUAUUGAUGCAGGCAAGCUAUAUGGAAAACAUCCCAAGAAUGUAGUGGAGAACAUGUGUGGUCAUGAAAAAGCGUGGUACUUCUUCAUCCAUCUCGACAGUAUAGAAGAUGAAAAAACAAUUCGAAUGGUUGGAGAUGGGAUUGGUUUUUGGAGAUGUGUUCUAGCAGAAGAUCUAAUCUAUAACUCAAGUGGCGAUGUUUACGCUGUCAAGACUCAUUGGACAUACUUUCAAGGUCCUUUAUCUAAGGGAAGCGGAGUGGGUUCUAGUAAGAAUACAGAAGGGGAAAGUUUACCACAACACGUUUUAAGGGCAGUUCAUUUAUUCUAG